AUGCGUUUGUCCGCGUUCCUUGCGAGUUUCAGUAGGAUGUCGUUGUCCGAACUGAAUAAGCUCUCCCACGAAGAACUUUUAGCGAGAAAUAUCAUGUUAGAGGGUCAAGUCGCGGAGUUACGCGAGCAACUCACCAGCAUUCACUCAUCUGAAGUAAGGGCGAGAAGGAAACCACUGGAUUUUUCCAAAUUUACUAAGCGCCGAGUAGCUCUUAAGCUUUUAUACUUGGGGUGGGAGUAUAGUGGAUUAGCUCGCCAGGAAUUAAAUAAAUCCACUAUUGCUGAAAAAUUAAUUGAGGCCUUUUCUAAAUGUCGAAUGAUUGAGGAAUCCAGUGAUAUUGGCUUUGCGGUAUGUGGACGCACAGAUAAAGGCGUUAGUGCCCUUUCACAGGUAGUUGCCUUAACGCUCCGAUCAAACGUCCACAGUGGGGUUGGUGUCAUUGCUCCUGAAGAUACCAGUAAUUUGUAUCCAGAAAAACCGGAAGUAGACUACGUGUUGGUUGGUAAUAAAAACCUCCCUCCAGACAUCAGGAUACUUGCCUGGUGUCCGGUGCCCUUUGACUUUAAUCCAAGGCGGGAUUGCAUCAGUCGCUCCUACAAGUACUUCUUUCCUGCCGCUGAUCUAAACGUUGAAACCAUGCGGAUAGCUGCUUCAAAGUUGAUAGGCCAGCAUGAUUUCCGAAACUUCUGCUCCCCUCAGAUCAAUAAUGGGGUCUUUAAUCACGAACGCAUUAUUUUUGACAUUGACAUAUCUGAUGACGAUGAUGCUAAAACGAAUCUACGACGAUUCUGCUGUCUAAAUAUUCGAGGUAGUGCGUUUCUGUAUCAUCAAAUACGCUGCAUUGCUUCCCUCCUCAUUGCCAUUGGACGAGGCCUUGAAUCCCCAAAUGUGAUUGAUGCUCUUCUUGACGUGCAGAAGAUGCCGGGGAAACCGCAAUAUCAGAUGGCGGAGGCUGAACCCCUUCUUUUCUUCGAGCCAGAGUUCCAGGAAAUGGAUUGGCAGACGAGUCUAGCUGCCCAGGAGGAUGUCUUGAGGAGCAUGCAGAAAUUGUGGACAAAGUGCACCAUAAGGGCACAAAUCGUUGGAGUCAUGUUGGAAGCAGUAGAGAGUAAGUUUAUCUUCUACCUACUCAUUUUUAGUUCGAAUGAUAGCAUAUUUGCGGUAAUUAUUCUUAAAGAAAUGUUCCCAGAUCGUUUCCAGAAUAACUACUUUGCUGCCAUCUCCCGCGAGGCACUGUUCUCGGUCGGUCCCAAACGCAAGUCGAUUCUCGAGCGUCCCACCGAUGAAGCGCUCGAGGAAAAAAUACAGAAGCUAGAAGCUAAGCGGCCGAGUACGCAUUUCGAGGAUACUAUAGAUGGCUAA